CCGGGGUCUUUCGGUAUAGGGUCAAGCAGCAUUCUCAUUGACACAGAGAUGGAGAAAAGGAAUAUCAUAUAUAUACGUCCUUUGGCAGCAAUUAUGGUGCUUCAAUUCAGCCUUGCCACAGGCACCGCCAUUCAGUACAGUCGGACAGGUACAGGGACAGCGGCGUAUUUCUCCUCCCCCGGAUAUCCAAAAGCAUAUGCCAGUAACUUAACACUGGAUUUGGUCCUCACGGCAACCAGUCGUUCGGCUAUUCUCUACAUCGACUUCUUGGACUGUGAUCUAGAGUUCGCAACAGCUAAAGUGCCGUACUGUCAGCUCGACCAAAUAACAGUGCAUGACGGGCCCUUUUCAAACAGUUCUGUUUUGUACCAAGGAUGUUGUCUAAAUGACGUCACAACACUACAAAGUUCCGGUCCAGAUCUCUUUUUGCGAUUUUUGUCGGAUUCCACGGUGAAUGGAAGAGGAUUUUAUCUCAAGUUCUACACCAAUGAGACCGCAACAGAUAGCAGUGAGCUGACCUCAGAGAGUGCAAUCAUUAUCAUCAUAGUUAUAACGACUGUUUGUCUUUCCUGCGUGGGUGUGCUUCUGCCUCUACUGUAUUUUAAACACAAGUAUCCGAAUUCCAAAUUCUCAAAUAAAAUUCUUCCAAGACUACAUCUACCGAAAACUCUGAAGGCUUCAGAAAAACUAGAACAAGACAAUUUACGGGAAAAUACGGCUGGUGCAACGACCUCUGGAACCAAACCACCAGACUUACUGGAAUCUUGUUACGGUCAGACGAAUGCGGGAACUUCGAACAGCAAUGGCUUAGUAUCAAAAGCAUCUGACAAACGAUUAAGUUAAUCAUUUACUUUAAUUAUAAUUUGGCAACAUGUACAAGUAUCGUGCUUUGGUAACAUGGGUGACUGUAAUGGAUACAAUAGAUGUACUUGGAAUUUUAACGAAAAAAAGAAAUUUGUAAAUGUAGUAGUAAAUACUGUUCCAAAAUUAUUAUAAGGUUUUUAUUCUAUUAUUAUCCUGUUUUGUGUGAUGUAGAUUUUUUGGGUAAAUAGAAUUUAAUUCGAUGAUCAGGAAAGCAAAUAAGAAGGGUGUAAACUUGAAAACUACAGUUCGUUUACAGUCUGCAUAAUUAAGGAGGCUGUGUGGUCAACAAAAUUAACCAUCAGAUCUACCUUAAAUUUUGAAAAAUGAUUUGUUAAUCUUUAAACUGUUAUCUAGUAUUUUUUUUAAAAAUCCGUCAAUUUAAACUGUAAAGUUCGAAUGUUUUUUUUAUAUCUCUAUACAGAGAUUUUCUGUUUAAGGAGAUUUAUAUGAUCUAUAAAAUGGUCACGACCGACCAUUCCUCUUAAUUAAGGAAUAAAAAAUCCUUUGAGUAUUAUGAUGUGAUACCGGUAUUUUUGGUCGGGGCGUGAUCAAAUCCAAUAAAGCCCGAAGGGCUUU